UUUCCCGGGCAGGAGGGCCACGUCCGUCUCAUCUAUCAGGGGCAGCUUCUUCGGGAUGAUUCACGGACUGUGGCGUCUCUUCAGCUGACGGACGGCUGUGUGGUGCAUUGUCACAUCUCCCAGCAUGCCGCUUCCCCCGGACAGAGCAGUGGGGACCUUCCCGUGGUUCCUCUGAACAUUGGCACCUUCCUGGUUCCUUUAUUAGUCUUCAUUUUAGCCUUAUUGUGGUACUGCCAGUUCCAGUACCCUGAUAUAUUCACUGCCACAGCCACUGUGUGCCUGGGAGCCAUCACUCUGCUGGUCAUCGUCAUAACGUUUGCCACGUCCCGAGGAUAGGAGACCUUCCUUCUCACUUGUGCCACGCGUGUCCUUCCACGGGGAUUAGACUUACCUUCCCCUAGCAGGGUGACCACGUCCCGAGGAUAGGAGGUUCAAUGACUGAAAAAACCUUCUCACUUGUGCCACGCGUGUCCUUCCCCCAGCAGGGUGACCACGUCUCGUGAGAUCUGUGGCUUCUUCACGUCAAUAAACAUCUGUCAGUUCCUGA